AUGGAGGCACCAAGGCAGCGACGGCAGGAGUGCUGUGAGAAACCCGGUGCAGUGCAUGCCCGGGAUGGUCAAGCCGAUUCCGAGCCUGAGAAGGAUGGGCAGAAAGAAGGCCACAAAGGCCAGAAAGAGCACCACGGUGAUGGAAUGCAUCACCCUUGCUGCAGGAGAUUCCUUGCAUCCCCAAUAUGGAGAUGCACGACGCUUGUCGUCGUGGGCUUUACUCCAGUCUUUGGCAUGUGGCUAGCGAUGCCCGAGCUCUUGGCGGCACUCGAGAUCUCUCCUUGGUCGCUGACUUGGGCGAUGAACUUCCUAUUCGGCAGCUGGAUUUCCAUUCAAUUCCUCUUCAACUUCAUAGCGACGCAGUGGACAAAUCCCGGAGACUGCAAGAACAUCAAGCCACCCCACGAGGUGACAGGGCAGUUCGAGUUGGGCAGCGCGCUGCUGAGAUUUUGUUGUCCAGAGGAUAUUUAUCGGGCGGGCAAACAGGCGACACCAGGAUGUGAUGAUGCGCCCGUGACUCAGUACUCAUGCAUUUGUCAACUCUUUGUUGACGGGGGGUAUGCCGCUGAAAAUGCAGGCCACAGCUACUCUAUGCACCGAACUGGUGCACGUCGCUCGGAUGCAAAGCAUCCACCUGAGUAUCGAGAUACGACGGAUCCCACAAGAGGGCAGGCUGUGGCGAAGCCGGAAGUGUGGACAUUGGAAGCCACCCAGAUCUCAUCACUGCCGAUGGCUCUGGACGUGUUGUCCUUUGACUCAGCCGUUCAAGCUUUGAAAUGUUGCCUGGCCAGGUGCUUCGCGGCUGUCUACAGAGCGGGCUACUUCUCACGCUUCACCUCAACUGCCGGCGCCAAGCUUUACGAGAACCAGCGGUGGAUCGGCCAGCAGACGCACAUGAUCAGCGGCUUGAACACCUUGCUGCUGUCGGCGCUGAUGGAGGUGCUUCACCGCAAUGGCAUCACCAUCCUGGUGCAGCUCGGUGCGAGCAUCAUCGCCAUGGUUGCUGUCGCAGCCACCGGCACGCCAGCCCUGCACCUGGCAUGGACCAAUACGACCACCAUGGAGAGGCUAUUCCCAAUGAAGGAAUACGUGCAGUUGAAGGAGCAGGUGUACUGCCCAGUUGGCCCCGGCUUCUACCGUCGGGCUGGCACCGAGAAUCUCGAGGUCAUCCUUGGAUCUAGGUGGUGGCUCCGCUUGCUUUUUCCGCUUCGCGGAUCUGUUGACAUAGGUGCAGCGCUUGCACCUCGUCCAAGUGCAGAAGGUUCUCGGGCACUCUGGGAUCGCAUCCAGCAAGUGAAGGAGCAGGGAGUGCGACAGGAGGUGCGGAGCUGCCAGGAGCUGGGCUUCGAUCCCGGGCCCGCCACGGCGGCGCAAAGCAGCGUCUGA